GUCGAGUUGUCAGUGGUGGGAAUACUCGGGUUUGGGGAGGGCUUACAGCGCAUUAGAGGAAAAAACUGCCUUAAUUUCUGAAACAUACAAGUAUUGUUUACUAGAGUUCGAGUAAACGUGAAAGACAAAGCCUACAAAGUGGCCCAGAUCAGGCCUUGGUAUACGGGACAGCAUCUACCUUCCAGCAACGUUGUGGGUUCCGCACCCUUCGGUAUUCUAGCAAAGACCAACAAACCUGUACCUUAUAUAUUUGGGCAAAAUAAAGGUUUAGCUGUUUUUUGCAAUCGAAAUACUACAUACUUUCCCCUUCCAGUCUGCUAGUACCUUAAUCCUAGCCUAGCAUUUUUUAAAACCUUUUAUGAACCCAUAAAAAUAUUUAUGUAUGGUGAACAUGUUCAUCAUGUUAAUGCCGACAGACUAGGAAAGAAUCAUCCUCCAUUUGUUAAAUUAUUCACAGACACAGGAACUUUAUUGAGACUUUGACAGAUAUCCAAAUAUUUGAAGGUAGCCAGCUAUCAUACUGAAGAAUUUCUUGCCCAUCAAAUCUGCAGUUAUUUAAUAGACCAAAGACUAGUAUCCCACCUUGUGUGAACAAUGGACUCCCAACCAGUAGCGCAGCCAGCUACGGUUCCGCCUGCCGCUGUGAUUGUAGUCGAACGGAACCGGGGAGUCACAUACCCCCCUUAUAUGCAGAGGGGGACAAAGAUGCUUGGCAUGGUCGUGCGGGCUGGAUGCAUAACAGUUUUCCUUAUAUUUGGCAUCAUGUUUCUUCUGUUGGGAAUUUUGAUGAUAGAGGUCAUCGUUUUAGCCGAUAUGUAUGCCAUACCGAUUGCAAUCUUGAUCAUUUUAUGGUCUAUAGGAG